GAAAGGAGAACUGGGGCUCAUAAUUAAAGGACGAAGAGAAAGUCAGUGGAAGCCAAAUACAGUGGGCGCUACUUGAAUUCUCUGAAAGUUUCAACAUAUGGAAAUAAAAUCACACAAAAGUACAAAACCCCACGACUUUUCCACUUCCUGGUUUCUCUGAUUCAUUCCAGUUUUCUCAUUCCUGCAUUGCUUGUUCGGCUCUUUUUCCCCAUUUCUAUAAAAUGUCUCUCUGUCCUUUCUCUACCAUCAUACCGAGUUCAUUCUCUCUCCCUAACUUCCCCAUGGAUUCUAGAUACGUCCUUGCAAUUUUGUUCUGUUUUCUCUGUCUUCUCCCCGAUCUCUCUGUCUCUUCCAUUAGAUCGCUGGACCUGGGCCUAGAUAUGACCACGCAUGGAUCGGUUCUUGGAUUGAACAGGGGAAGCUCAUCAGUGAAAUUCGAUCCUACUCGGGUCACUCAACUGUCUUGGCGUCCCAGGGCUUUUAUAUACAAGAAAUUUUUAUCCGAGGAAGAGUGUGACCAUUUGAUUAAUCUGGCCAAGGACAAGCUAGAGAAAUCUAUGGUAGCGGAUAAUGAAUCGGGCAAAAGUAUAAUGAGUGAAGUCAGAACGAGUUCUGGGAUGUUUCUUAACAAGGCUCAGGAUGAAAUAGUUGCUGGUAUUGAAGCCAGAAUUGCUACAUGGACCUUCCUUCCAAUAGAGAACGGUGAAUCUAUUCAAAUACUGCACUACGAGAAUGGUCAGAAGUAUGAGCCACAUUUUGAUUACUUCCAUGACAAGGCUAAUCAGCAAUUGGGAGGCCAUCGGAUUGCCACUGUGCUGAUGUAUUUGUCUAAUGUUGAGAAGGGUGGCGAGACUAUUUUUCCUAAUGCUGAGGCACGGUUAUCCCAGAUAAAGGAUGAUAGCUGGUCUGAAUGUGCAAAGAAAGGCUAUGCAGUAAAACCAGAUAAGGGUGAUGCCCUGCUGUUCUUCAGUCUUCAUCUGGAUGCGACCACAGAUCCUUCGAGUUUGCACGGAAGCUGCCCGGUGAUCGAGGGUGAGAAGUGGUCCGCAACCAAGUGGAUUCACGUGAGGGAUUUCGACAAACCAAUCAAGAGAAGUGAUGAUGGGGAGUGUGUGGAUGAGAAUGUAAAUUGCUCCAAGUGGGCUAAAGUCGGGGAAUGUGAGAAGAACCCACUUUACAUGGUUGGAAAUGAGCAGGUCAAGGGUUACUGUAUGAAGAGCUGCAAUGUCUGCUAGUUCUAGGGUUUACUAACUGUAUAUAACACAUUUUUCCCGGCCAAUAACUGUCCUAUUUUAUUCACCAAUCCCCACGCUGGGUCAACGUUGAGGGAAAGAUACACGAAGUUGCCUAUUUUUCUCUUUGCAAUAUGAUGCUAAUGCUUUUGACCUCCCCGGAUGGAUUCAUAGUUGUAUCAGUCUGGAUCACUGCGUUACACCAGAUCCAGAUAAUUGUAGUCAUAAAUAGAUGACUUGUUGGUAAUUUAAAAAAAGAGUUAAAAUUUA